UCCUUAUCGGACACUUCUGAGAGCGAUAUGGUGGAGUGCUCUCCAAAAAUAACCCUUUGUCUCAGUUCAUGCUGUGAUAUACAACAAAGACUCGUCGUGGUUAUUAAGCCGUGUACUUACACAUCGGAGAUAUGACGACUCCCGAGCAAGCCUUCCUCUUCAGCCAUAACGAGAUGACAACCAUGUUUCCUAACUCCUCCGCCAACUUAACAACAGUUCCGCCAUCUUCACCGUCCGCUUUAAAGACAGCUUCGGAUGUCGUCAUCAAAAGCACACUGAUCAUCAUCAUGGCGGGUAUGGGUAGUACCAUAGAGAUUAAACCUCUCCUCCAACACAUCAGGAAACCGGUCGGAAUCGCCAUCGGCAUGUUUUCACAGUUUAUUGUACUCCCGGCUGUCACAUUUGGACUUGCGCAUGCGUUACAGAUGUCUACAUACCCGGCACUCGGGAUGCUGGUGAUGGCUUCGUGUCCUGGCGGCUCAACGUCAAAUGUUUUCUCUUAUUGGAUGGACGGGGACGUCCCUCUCAGUGUAGCGAUGACAGCGACGUCGACGGUCAUGGCUAUGGGGAUGAUGCCAUUGAACCUGUUCAUCUACAGUCGGAGCUGGACUGACCAGGCUCUGGUCAUCCCCUACGUCAACAUCGCUAUCUCAUUUGUGAUGACCAUCACUCCGGCCGCCGUCGGCAUGUUUAUCCGCUGGAAGUGGCCGAAGCUGGCCGACAUCGUAGUCAAGUGCGGAAGUAUUGCGGGCGCCAUUGCUGAGGUUUUGACCUUGACCUUGAUGAGCGUCAUGUACCCGUUUAUGUACCGGACAUCCUGGAACAUUUACCUCGGAGCCCUACUCCUGCCUACAGUGGGUUUUCUGUUCGGAUACAUGGUUGCCACCAUCUUUCGGAUGGAUAAAUCCAGACGUAUCACCGUCUCCUUGGAAACCGGCAUACAGAACUUCCCAUUGUGUAUGACAUUGUUAACUUUGACAUUCGAUAGAAGUAUGUUUGGACUGAUCUCGUUGUUCCCGUUAAUGUACGGUGUUACGUGUAUUGUGUGUAGCAUUAUUUUUCUCUUUCUAUACAAAAUAUUUGUUUACAUGAAAAAUAGGAAUGAUAAACAUGGAUUUGAUGCAGUUGCAAAGUCUGAAAUGGAGGUGAACGGACAGAAAGUUUGAAUUUGUUUACACAUAAGAUUAUUCUUUAUUUAAAUAUUUCAAACAAUAAAAACCUUCCACGUGGCGUUUAA